CUUAACUCCUUAACUCCUUAACUCUCUAGAAGCCCCACUCACGAAGAGACUAUCUUGAGCAGACCAAGCGAUAUGUUUAAAAUUCAUCAAUCCUCAGGUCAGACAAACUCCUAUCUACAGUUCAUAGAAUCCCUUGUUAUACUAUUUGGUCGUUUACAGCUUAAACGUCCUAUCCAAGCGCUGUUAUCUUAGAGAUAAAAACCAUACAUUGCACUAUGUUCCAGAUGCAACAUCUCCGUGUGCCACAUCUAAGCGGCAUUGAUGUUGCAUACUACAUGCCGAAACCGUAUGACAGGUCAAAGGCAACCCUUGUUCUUAUUCACGGCUUCAGCAUGUCCUCCCAUGUCUUUACCGGCCAUUUUCAAAGCCAAAAUUUGACCUCGGAGAUGAAUCUCCUCGGUAUCGAUGUUAUUGGUCAUGGCGAGACGAGAGUCAAGAACGACACCUUUACUUAUUGGGAUACAGCCAUUAUGAUUGUCCAACUAUUGGACGCCCUCAGUAUCAACGAGGCAUUCAUACUUGGAACUAGCCACGGUGGAUGUAUUGCCGUUCGCACAUAUCUGAUUGCACCCGAGAAAAUCGAAGGAAUCAUCCCCAUCGGGGCACUUAUGGACUGUGAAUCUAAGCGAGCGCAUGAUCAAGGCUGCUGGGACGCAAUGGCAGGGUUUGAACCUCUGCUCAAAGCCUGGACUAGCUCAGUCCCUACUCCAGAUUUCGAGCUAGACGAUACCUACUGUAAUUUCGUUGUCGACGUCGACUUUGGCCACGACUGUCCGGAUACAUUGCGCGACUUCUGGAAACAAGCAAUCAAGAGCUACUACUCAGGAGAUGAUGGACGAAGGAAACUCAGGAUGGCGGCUAUAAAUCUACGAGACCGUGAUAGCCUUCACGGCAGGCUUGGGUAUGUUCGUUGCCCAGUACUUUGGCUUCAAGGCACUGAAGACGCUGUGAAUACAGUAGCAAACGCGAAACAAGAAAUAGACCUGAUCCAGAACUCGUUGGAUGCUCGUUUACAGAUUAUAGAGGGAGGCUUACACGUUCUUAGCUACUCGCACCAAGAAGAGGUCGAACGCGCUGUAAGACAGUUUGUAGCGAUGCAUCACCGGGCUUAAAAUUGAAAUUAAAGGGACUACUGUCAGGACUUUAGCCCCGAGCUGUACUAACAGGACUACAUUAGGCAAGAGUAGGCCUAUAUAGGGCGGGGUAGCAUAGUAUAUAGUUAUAGACUUUAUAGAGAAGGUAGGUAUAGAGUAGGGGAUCUAUAGGUACGCAUAGAUAGUUUUUAUAUAAUAGUAG